CCUUCAGCAGAAGCCUUCACACAACCAAAAAAGGAAACAAAAGAAAACCCUGUAGCCAAAGCUUUCUCUUUCUUGUUCUCAGGCAUGCAUAACAAUUCAACCUGAUCUAUAACAAGAAAGAAACAAACAAGAAGAAGUAAUAGAUUUGGUUUGUGUAUUCCUUUGGAAGUCUUUUGUUUUGGGAUCGAUGGCAGCGAAGCGUGGAGCAGAGGAAAAGAUAACGGAGGACGAGGAGGUGGUGCAGGAAAUGGGAGGAGGAGCAAUGGCGGUGGUGGAAGAACAAGAAGAAAAAGAUAAAGAAAAAGAAGAAGAAGCGCACCCAUAUGCAUUUCACGUGUCUGGACCUCGCAAUGUGGCUAGACCUAAUUGGAGAGACCUCAUCAACUCUAGUUGGAAAGAUGCAAACUAUAAAAGAUCCGUAAUCGCAUGUUUCAUACAAGCGGUAUAUUUGCUCGAAUUGGACAGACAAGAGAACAGAACAGAUGAAAAUGUCCUUGCUCCAAAGUGGUGGAUGACCUUCAAGUACAAGUUGACCCAAACUUUGAUUGAUGAAAGGGAUGGAUCCAUAUUUGGAGCAGUAUUAGAAUGGGAUCAAUCGGCAGCACUGGCUGACUUUGUCCUCAUUAGACCUAGUGGAGCACCAAAGGCUGUUUUAGUGCUUCGAGGGACUUUACUCAAAGGUCCAACUAUCAGAAGGGAUAUUGAGGAUGAUCUCCGUUUUCUAGCUUGGGAAAGCUUGAAAGGUUCUGUGAGGUUUAAAGGAGCAUUUGAGGCCUUAAAAGCGGUCGCUGAAAGGUAUGGAAGCAGCAAUGUAUGUAUUGCAGGCCAUUCCUUGGGGGCUGGUUUUGCUUUACAAGUGGGAAAAGCAUUGGCUAAAGAAGGUAUUUAUGUGGAUGCUCAUUUGUUUAACCCGCCCUCUAUUUCUCUAGCUAUGAGUUUAAGAAAUAUCGGAGAAAAAGCGGGGUCUGCUUGGAAGAGACUCAAGUCGAUGCUUCCUUCAAGCAGUGAACCUCAGGCCAGUGAUGAUGAAGGAAUCAAGGAUAACCCUUUAGGCCUAAAGAAUUGGUUAGGCCAUAUUUAUGGAGAUAAGGCUUCUGUCAGAUUGAAACAAUGGGUGCCUCACUUAUACGUGAAUAACAGUGAUUAUAUCUGCUGCCACUAUACAGAACCAGAUGGAACAGAGGGAAACGAUGCAGACAAGGAGAAUGUUGGACCUUCAAACGGACAAGUUGCGGCGAAGUUGUUUGUAAUGUCGAAAGGGAAACAAAAGUUCCUUGAGGCUCACGGAUUGGAGCAGUGGUGGUCAGAUGACUUGGAUCUCCAGCUUGCUCUAAACAAGAGCAAGUUGAUAAGCAGUCAAUUGAAGUCCUUGUACAGCCUCCCAGCUACACAAGUUCAGAAAAGGCCAAGAUAACAAAAGGAAAAUAUAUUCAUUUCAUUGGAUGACUCGGUUUACAAAGAUCCAUGUCUGUCAAAAUAAUGUGUGCAUGUUUUCGUUGUGUUGGCUUGUCUGUUUUCUCUUGUUUUAUUUAUAUCAGCAAUUGAAUACCUAAUUUCCCGAAAUAUUGAUAUAAUCAUUAUUUACAAAGAUCCAUUGUGCUUGACAUUUGAUCUAAAAUGUUUAAUCAUG